UGUGAAAACGCUUCGCACGUUUUUUGGGGGUUUUACGUUUUGGAAUCUAGAAAUGUCCGAUCUGUCAAAAGCGACGCUUUUAAAACAAGGAGCAGAAGCUAAAAUUUAUGUCAUAGAUUUUCUGGGAAAGCCCUGCAUUGUGAAGGAAAGAUUUCAGAAAACAUAUAGACACCCAGACCUUGAUAAGUCCCUGACGGCACAGAGGACCAAGUCUGAAAUUCGUUCAAUGCUACGAUGCAGAACGAAUGGUAUCAGAACCCCGGUCAUUUACUUUGUUGAUCAGAUAAAGAACCUCAUAUACAUGGAAUACAUACAGGACUCUGUUACAGUCAGAGACUAUGUUACUGCAAUUCAGAACAAUCCUGAUGGUGACACUCACUUGCUUGAGGCACUCAUGCAAAAGGUUGGCAGCACACUGGCGACUAUGCAUGAGAAGAACAUAAUCCACGGAGACCUCACCACAUCAAAUAUGCUGUUAAGAAAUCCACCAGAGGAGCUCAAUCUGAUCCUUAUUGACUUUGGUCUGGGCUAUAUUGAAAAUCUUGCUGAAGAUAAAGGAGUUGACUUGUAUGUUCUGGAGAGAGCAUUCUUGAGCACACAUCCAAAUACAGAGGCCCUGUUUGAACUGUUACUUCAGAGCUAUGCCAAAGAUUAUGGCAAAGGGGCAGUGGAGGUGUUAAGAAAAUUGGAUGAAGUUAGACAAAGAGGUAGAAAAAGGACCAUGGUUGGCUGAUAUGCAGUUAGUUAAAUACCUCUUUGGUUUUCAUCAUGUGGACAAACUUUUUUUGAUUAUAAAUGAAAUUUUGGGAAUAAAGUUACUGUUGAAUAAAAGGUUCAGGAAGCAUAAUUUUUUUGAGCUUUGUAAGAUAAAAGUCACUUGAGAAUGAAUACCUUACAGGCCUUGACACUGACACCUGUCCGCCUGUCAGAGACAGGUAAGAAUUCAGUCUAGACAGGGGAAGUUGCAGGGUUGGCUGUCACAUGAACAGGUCAUAUUUUACGAGUAUUUGAAAACAAAAGUUUUGAAACAAAUUUUCGUUGCUUGUUUAUAUAUAAAUAGCAACUGCGUCAUGAAGAUAGACAAGAGAAUUAUUUACACAUAGCUUAAAUUUUUGCAGUUUUACUUUCCUAGUUAGAUUAAACAUGUGGAUUUGUUCA